CGCUAGUCCGUUAUCCGGAUAUACCGGAUCAUUCUGCAGCAGCCCAUUCACCAACUUCCUCACUGCAAGCAUGUCGUCCGACGGUUAUGACCCUGCCAAGUCGCGCAUUGCCGACGAUACGUUGGCCGACUUCCUUCGUGCACCUUUGACGGGUGUUUUGACGGAGGUACCUGGCAUUGGUCCUGCCGCCGCGAAGAACCUGGCGAAAGGCGACGACCCUGCCGACCAAAUCACCAACACGUUCCAGCUCAUGGGCAAGUUCAUGCUGCUCAAGCGCAACGAAGACGACACGGACGAGCCCAUCGACUGCCGCACCCACUGCGAUGCGUUCUGGCAUUGGCUCAAGUCCAAGGGAAUUUCGUCGUACCGCAGCGGGAUCGUCAUGGCCAUUGCUGAAAAGAUGAACACGAUGAUCCCCGGCGUGUACGACGCGUGCGACUUCAACUAGAUAUGAAUACACAUCCAGCUUUCGUUAGACUUUAUGCCGACUUGGACAUGGCUUCGAUCUUCAUCGCCUGUUCUUUGCUCAUAAGCGGGUCCACUUGCAUCAACGCCUGCCACAGCGACAGCUUCUUCGGCCGAUUAAGGCCUACAAACUAGACAUUCGUAAGGAACACACACGUUCUCAAUAGUAUACCUUCUCCG